UCCUCCCCCUCCAGUGUAUUCAACCCACGGUGUAUCUUAUCCGCUCCCCUCCUAGCACGGCGGAGGAGGAGAGGGUGAGGGGCGGCGCCGCACUCUCCAACUUCUGUCUACACACCACCUACGCGCCGUCGUCCGUCCGGGUGGUCGGCGGCGGCUACCGCGCCCCGGAGGUGGCGUCUACUCCCUGGGCGUGCUCCUGCUGGAGCUCCUCAUGGCAAGUCCCCGACGCACGCGUCAGGGCGCCGGCGACAUCCACGCUGAGGGGCUUCGGCGCCAUCCCCCGGUGUGAUUUCCUCAUGGGUCCCGGCUUGAUCGAGGCCAAAGGCUUCGGCCGUCCGUCCACCAUGGCUGGGACCUGCGCGGAAACUGUAGAUGAAUUUAUACGAGUGGAAUCGACACUGCGGCAGGGUACGGUGGAGUCACAUUGUGCAGCCUCGGUGUCCCAAUCAGGGAUUCCUUCUAAGGAUGCAUAUAUUUUGAAGGAUCACAUGAGCAGAGGGGUUCAGCAACUCUUACUACUCCUGGCUGUGAAAGCUUCUGCUUACCUGCUUAUCCAUGGUCUUUUUGAGCCAUCCAAAUUGCAAAACGCAAGUCACCAACACCAAGAAUCAGGUUCCUGCCAGAGGAACCCAAAGCAGAGCAAGAGAAGGAAAACAACGGUGAAGAGGUUCUGUUGGAGAAAGGGCUGCAUCACAUACUUGCCACCAAGGCCAUGUUGUCGAGGAGCCUGUGAUUGCCGCUCCAGCUGCCUCUCGCGCCAUGGCCCAUCGCGUGGGGUGCAUUGUGAGAGUCUGCAUCAGGCCCGCGUUGCCUCUCCAGCAGGUACUCAACGCAAUCCUAGGUUGUUGUGUUGACUUGAUUCAGUUGUUGAUAACAGUUAUGCAGCUCUCCUGGGAUGUUAUGUUGACUUGAUUCAGUUGCUGAUAACAGUGAUGCAGCACUCUAGGUAAUAGUUAGUAUUGGUGUCAACGAGAGCAACUAGAGUCGCUAGCUGUUAUGCUAAAAGCAACAGGAUGCAUCUUCUCCAUGCAAGAAGACAAUAAGGAUAAAGCAGCAAAGAGCAGGCCGUUGGUGGUGAUGGAUAAUUUCUCUAAUCAAUUAAAUCGUAGAUGCCCUCCAGCAUUGCACACUAAGAGAUUGCAUUGCUUAGAUAUAAUGGAAGGUGACUUCAGUUUUCAAGAAAGUUGAGGUGUCGUGAUUGUUAUUUUUUUAUGCAACAAUUACCUAAGCUUGCCUGGCAAGUAUACAUUCUGAAUUGUAUGUUCAGAUGAUAUUCACAUAUUUAGACUGAAUCGUUAAAUCUAGCAUAUUUAUUUUUCUCACCUAAUAAUUUUGAUUAUGAUGUAUCCCAUAGAAUGCUGGUUUAGACAUUACAAUCUGGAACCGAAUAAAUAAAAAUAGAGAGAUUCAUAUAGUGGCACUAAAGUGCUAUCAAGUUAUAAUCUGUUUUUAGUUGCAUUCCAGUAAGAGGAAACCCUUAUUUUACUUGUGAGCAUUGUAAUUGUUUGCCUAUUGUCACUGGGUAUAACGCCCUCG